AUGACGAGGGAGGAUCCAUCAAGAGCCAAGUACUCCACACCACCUCACCACAACCACAAUCGCAGCCACAGCCCCGGCAGAGACCGCCAACGCUCUCGCCGUGACCGCAGCAACCGCGCCAACAGCGAUAUCAGCCGCUCCAGCGACAACAGCACAGUUGCUAGUGAGGACCGCUGCCUGGCGACAGCGACCGCAGCUGCAGCCGCAGCGCUUCGAACACAGACCCACACCAGCGGGCAGCUGCAGAAGCCGAAGAAGCCGGUGCGGGUGUCUCAAAGAAAGCUCCAAAAAUUACUAAGGGACGGGGGGACGGGGUCGGACGCUUUGAAGGGUUUUCUGCAAGGUGUGGCACGGCACUUUGAUGGCAGCACGCAGAGCGACUCUUUCGAGAAGUUUGGGAUUUGCUCUCCGUGAGCAGAAGAACGGUUUGACGUGCGGAAACUGGGGUACAGGAACAUCGGGCACACAGUGGACGCCCAUUUCCGAAUUCCUCAUACAAGCCGGUGAUGAAGUUUCUUCGGUUCAUUUCAAUACCGGUCGCCCCGGUGGUCUAGUCGGUAACCUCGACACCUUCUAGAGGUCAGGUCAGGGGUUCGAAUCCCGGCGUAAGCGAGCUUUUCUUGCAAAGUGAGUUUUUCUCUCGCUUCCGCUCCUGGCCUACCUAGUGGAUAGCGCUAGCUCGUGUGUACACAGAGGGAAGAGAGUGAUGAACUCUUCUCGCAUUAAAAAUCGGAGGCAAAGUACCGCAGGAGGGGAGGGUAGAGAGGGGCUCUUCUGUGUGACCACGGGUUGGAGUAAACGGCACUAGUGCUGUGAGCGCUGAUUUGAAGUG